AAUACCGCCACCAUGGGCAGGAUUAUUUUUUAUGAGGACAGGAACUUCCAAGGGCGAACACAUGAGUGCAGCAGUGACUGUGCAGACAUCAACAUGUACCUGAACCGCUGCAGCUCCUGCAGGGUGGACAGCGGCUGCUUCAUGGUGUAUGACCAACCCAACUUCAUGGGAAAUCAGAUCUUCUUGAAGAGAGGAGAGUACUCAGACAUGCAACGUGUCGGAAGCAUGAUGGGCGUGGCAACCAUGGACAGCAUUCACUCCUGUCGCAUGGUCCCCAUGCAGCACAGGGAGCAGUUUCGGAUGCGGCUCUACGAAAGAGAAAACUUUGGAGGGCAGAUGCAUGAGCUGAUGGAUGACUGUGAGUCUCUUCAAGAUCGCUAUUACAUGUCUGACUGCCAGUCAUGCAACGUGAUGGAUGGCCACUGGUUGAUGUUUGAGCAGCCCAAUUACAGAGGCAGAAUGAUUUACAUAAGACCAGGAGAGUACAGGAACCUCCGAGGUCUGGGAAACAUCAUGAGAAUUAGCUCCAUCAGACGCAUCACUGAAAUCUGCUGAUGUGCUGUUUGUCAUCAUGAAAAGAAUGUGGAAAUAAAAGUCCUUUGUUGAAGCAAA